GACUGCGAGAAGGCGUAUGACGCGUGGGCACAGGUCUAUGCAAAGGCUGCGUUCGUCUUUCAGCAGCCUGAUGCUUGCUGGUUCGCCGAGACCUUGAAGAUGGUUGGAAUCUUUUUGCUUGAUCUUGCAAUCGAGGUCGACGCCUACACACUAUCCUCAACCUUUCCCAAGGUGACGGAUGCAGCAAGUCGUCUGUCAAAAUCUGCUGGAGUUGCUGGAAACGACCGUGCAUCACAACCGUGCGCGCACACAAAGCGGCGCGCAGCUCUAUGGCUCGCAAAUACAUCUUUCAAAGCCUACUUCAAGCUGAACAACAUUCGCCUUUGCUCGACUGUUCUUGGCAGUGUAGAGAACGCGUUCAAACUGAAUGCCCAAUUUGCAGAUUCGGCGGAGAAGGCGACAGUCGUCAAGAGCGGCUCAGCGGAAGGGUUGCCUGGGGAAGAGGCAUACGAUGUCGCUGAGCGCGUCACAUAUCAUUUCUUUGUCGGGAGACUCCGGCUUAGCCAACACCGAAUAAGACUUGCAUACAAGGAAUUGAGAUGGGCUUUCGACCACUGCAACGUCCGCCAUCUCAAAAAUCUGCGCCGCAUCACCAUCUCGCUCACCGCGACCGCCCUGGUAUUGGGCAUCUUUCCAUCGCCCAUCAUCCUCAUCGAGCUCGGGCUGUGGGCCAUCUUCGGCCCGUUGAUGCAAGCAAUGCGCAAAGGCAACGGCGCAGGGCUUCUGCAGGCGCUCGAGCAGAACCGAGAGUGGUUCAGGAAACACGGCCUCUUUUUGCUCUUGAGCGAAAAGCUGCAGGUGGGAACGUGGCGAUGCUUGGUGCGGCAAGCGUUAUUGAUUUAUCGUACCCGCAGCACUGACUCGGCGGCCGCCGCAUCCCCCACGCUGCCGCUCUCCGAUCUGCUCAUUCUGGCGCGCGCCGCGUGGCAGGAUCCCGAGCUGACGCUAGUCGAUGUCGAGAGCAUCGUGGCAAGCCUGAUUGCGCAGGGGUAUGUCAAGGCAUACAUUUUGCAUUCAAAGGCGCUCAUCGUCUUCCAAAAGGGAGAGAGGAUGGGGCUCGUCCCUAUGAACAGUGUAUAUCCCAGGGAUGAAUAA